AUGUCGGGCGCAACACAGGCUCUCGAAGCCCUUUACAAGGCCCCUUCUGCCGAAGAGUGCUACGUCGCAGCAGAGAAGCUCGCCGAAUACGUCAACCAGAACGGCCUUCGCGUCCUCCAAUCCGAAGGCAUCCUCGACAGCCUCGUCAAGGCCACCAAGAACAAGAAGAGCGGAUACGAGCGUGAAGCUGGCGCCAUUGGUCUCGAUGCCAUCUUUGUCAAGGUAGGCGGCAAGAACGCGCCCAGUCCUCUCGGUGCGGAGCCAUGGCUGCUCUACACUCUGCCCGCCAUCCUCGAGCUGUACGCAGACAAGGGCGAGGUCGUUCGUCAAGCUGCCGAGACGGCUGCUGGAUCGCUUCUCUCCCUCGUCCCUCCCGAGGCCGCUCCCGAAUUCCUCGCUGUCCUCUACGAGGUUCUAGGUUCCGGUAGCGCCAAGUGGCAGGCCAAGGUAGGCGCACUCAAGCUGCUCGGCCGUCUCAGUGGCUCUGCCAGCGAGCAAAUCGGCGACGAACUCGUCGAGCUCAUCCCCUACCUCACCAAGGCCAUGCACGAGACCAAGUCCGAGAUCUCAAAACAAGCCCGCAAGACCGCCAUCAAGGUCUGCGAGGCGUGCCUAGACAACAAGGACAUCCGACCCUUCAUUCCUGACCUGGUCGGAUGCAUGGCCCAGCCUGACGCCGUGCCAGAAUGCAUCAAGAAGCUGUCCGGAACCACAUUUGUCGCCGAAGUCACUGGCCCCGCGCUUGCUGUCAUGGUCCCCUUGCUCGCCCGUGCCCUCAACGAGCGAAGCCAGAACGUGCAGCGUCAAGCCGUCGUCGUUGUCGACAACCUCUGCAAGCUCGUUCGUGACCCGCACGAGGCCGUCAGGUUCUUGCCCGAGCUCACUCCUGGUGUUGAGCGUAUCGAGAAGGGUGCCAGUUUCCCCGAGGUGCGUGAGCACGCCAAGAGCGCUCUCGACACGCUCACUGCCGCCACCGCUGCUGUGGGCGAGAACGCCACCACAGAAGACCCCAAGAAGAUCUUCGAGCAGCACCGCGGCGCCGCUUUCGAUGCCAUCCUGGCUGCCGUCCAGCCCCAGGUGCCCGAGGAGCACGCUAACCUCAAGAGCGAUUCCUUCGCCCUCACUGGCCUCGAAUACCUGUCGAAGUGCAUCGUCCGCCUUGCCAACAAGCGUGUUCUCCACGCCAGCGCCUGGGACGACGUCUACGUGCAGCCCUACCUCCGCCGCGUCUGCAAGGAUGCCGAGGCGGCCCAGCUCGCUACCGCUGAUCUCCGCAAGACCUACAUCGAGCUCGACAAGGCUCGCUUCGGUAACUCCGAAGAGGAGGAUGACGACGAGGCCGGCGAGUGCCUCUGCCGCACCGAGUUCUCGCUCGCCUACGGUGGCCUUCUCCUGCUCAACCACACCACGCUCAAGCUGUACCGUGGUCACCGAUAUGGUGUCGUUGCCGCCAACGGCAGUGGUAAGUCCACUUUGCUCAAGGCCAUGCGCGACGGCAAGGUCGAGGGCUACCCCUCGCAGGACCAGGUGCGUACCCUCAUGGUGGAGCACAGUCUGCAGGGCGAGGACGGAUCGACUCCCAUCAUCGACUUUAUCGCCAACGACAAGACGCUCGCCAACAAGUCGCGCGAGCAAGUCGCCGAAAAGCUCCGCGAGGUCGGCUUCGACGAGGAGAAGCAGCAGAACCCCGUCAACUCGCUCUCGGGUGGUUGGAAGAUGAAGCUCGAGCUGGCUCGUGCCAUGCUCUCGGACGCCGUCGUCUACCUGCUCGACGAGCCCACCAACCAUCUCGACGUUGCGUCCAUCGCCUGGCUCGAGAACUUCCUCGUCACCAACAGCCAGAUUACCGUCGUCACCGUAUCGCACGAUUCGGGCUUCCUCGACAACAUCUGCACCGAUAUCAUCCACUACGAGAAGAAGAAGCUGCGCUACUACAAGGGCAACCUCUCGGACUUUGUCAAGACCAAACCCGAGGCCAAGGCGUACUACUCGUUGGCCGCGACCACGGUCAAGUUCGAGUUCCCUCCUCCUGGUUCGCUCAUGGGUGUGCGCUCCAACACGCGUACCAUCCUCAAGAUGUCCAACUGCACGUUCACGUACCCGGGCAUGAGCAAGCCAUCGCUGCACGACACGUCGUGCGCCAUCAGUCUGUCGAGUCGUGUGGGUGUGCUUGGUCCCAACGGUGCGGGCAAGAGUACGCUCAUCAAGAUCCUCACGGGCGAGACGGUGCCUCAGCAAGGUAAAGUGGAGAAGCACCCCAACCUGCGUAUCGCCAUGAUGGCGCAGCACGCGUUCCACCACUUGGAGCAGCAUCUCGAGAAGAGCGCCGUCGAGUACAUUGCCUGGCGAUACCAGGACGGUCACGAUCGAGAGAUGACCGAGAAGGCGUCGCGCAAGAUGACCGACGAGGAGAAGGCGCAGAUGGAGACGCCCAUCAAGUCGACCACGGGCGAGCAGCGCAAGGUCGAGUACAUUGUCGGACGACAGAAGCUCAAAAAGUCGUACCAGUACGAGAUCAAGUGGGUCGGGUACGAGCACCGCAACAACGCCUGGAUUCCGCGCGAGCGUCUGCUCGAGCUCGGCUUCAGCAAGCUCGUGCAGCAAUUUGACGAUUUCGAGGCGUCACGCGAGGGUGCGGGUUCGCGCGAGAUCAGCGUCAAGCUCAUCCGUCAGCACCUCGAGGCCGUGGGUCUGCAGGGCGAGAUCGCGCAGCACCACGCGGUGGGCGGCUACUCGGGCGGUCAGAAGGUCAAGGUGGUGCUGGCAGCGGCGAUGUGGAACAACCCUCAGGUGCUGGUGCUCGACGAGCCGACCAACUACUUGGAUCGCGAUGCGCUCGGUGGUCUGGCGACUGCGAUUCGCGACUGGGCGGGCGCCGUGGUGAUCAUCUCGCACAACAUGGAGUUCGUGGGUGCGCUCUGCCCGGAGAUCUGGAACGUCGACAACGGAAGGAUCAUGUCAAGAACGAAGGGUUCCAUCGCAGAAGGCGCCUUCUUGGACGAGAUGGAGAACGCCUCGACCCCAGGCGCUUCCGUGCCUGGUACCCCCAUGCCCGGCAGCACAGCAGCCUCGCGUCUGGCGUCCAAGGCAGGCACUCCUGCAUCCUCAGCAGCACCCACGCCGGCUGGCUCGGGCGACGAGGGCGACCAGGACAUGUCCAAGUUCAAGGCCAAGAAGGGCAAGAAGAAGAUGACCCGUAACGACAAGAAGGCGCAGGAGGAGCGUCGUCGUUUGCGUCUCAGCCGAUGGCUCACGUACGGUGGUGACCGUGAGCCCGAUACGGAUGACGAGUAG